AUGAAGAACAGAGUUCCAGAUAACCCUCUAAAGUCAGACAAAGAUAUGAAAAAGAUUGGUCGGGGAGCAGUAGAUGUUAAGGUGAAUGAGGACAAAGAUUUAUGCCUUUUAAAAUGGCAAGAUAACAAGCCUGUUGUAAUGCUAUCGUCGAAUGAUGCCAAAGAGCCUAUGAAUGAUGUUCGUAGGUGGUCAAAGGUUGAUAAAAAAUACAUCAUGGUCCCUCAGCCAAAUGUAAUAAAGGCUUACAAUACUAACAUGGGCGGGGUUGAUUUAGCGGACCGUAUGCUUGCCUAUUGCCCUUCUAGGCAAAGAACUAGGAAAUGGACCACCCGAACCAUUUUACAUUUCCUUGACUUGGCCAUUAGCAAUGCUUGGCUGUGUUACAGAGAAAAUGAAGUGACGGCUGGUAUACCACUUAAGAAAGUACCACAACUACGGAAAUUCAAACAUGAAUAUGGGGAAUACUUAAUUGAAUCCAGUUCCAUUGCUUCAGAGUCUGAAGAAUCAGAUUGGCUAAAUGAAGAUGAAGUGGUUGCUGAAACUCAGGCCAAGAAGAAGUCGGUUAAAAGUCUGCCAUCGACUCGUUUUAGGACACACGGUAGCCACCUACCAUCAAUAAGUGCAGGAAAGCAGCAAAGAUGCAGAAACCCCAAAUGCUCCAAAAAGACCUCGGUAAACUGUCUCCGUUGUGAGCUUUAUCUUUGCCUGACAGCAGACAGGAACUGUUUUGCAGACUUUCAUAAAUAA